UGCUAUAUUACUAUUAUCUCCUCCCUCGCGCUCAUCGCCCACUUGACCCGUCUCUUCUCGCCACCACUCCCGCCUCGUCGCCGGCGAUGACCGCCGUUUCAGAGUGGCAAACCCCACCCCAGUCUCCAUGACUCCCGCGAACCCCGGCCCACUCCUCUCGUCUCGCCCCCUCCCGCCCACCCACCGGCGCCCCCACCCGCCGGCGGCCGCCAACACCACCGGCGCCCCCUCGUCGCCGGACUGGUUCCGCCCCCGCCGCCCUCUCGACGCAGAACCCUCCACCUCCGGCGGCCGCGUCGCGGCGCGCGACCCUGGCGUGCGCGUCGAGGCCAAAGAGGGCGCCGAUGGGAAGAAGGAGGGAAGAAGGAGGAGGUUUUGGGAGCGGUGGUCCGGGGACAAGGAGAGCUACCUGGUCGAUGACGUGGAGCCGCUCCCGCUCCCCAUGACCGUUCCGGGGACCGAGCCGAUGUCGCGGGAGGAGCUCGACCGCCGCCUUAGCUGCGACGUGGAGAUCGAGGAUUGCAAGCCUGUGUCGUACGAAUGGACGGGUAAGUGCCGGAGCUGCCAGGGGACGGGGCUGGUGAGCUACUUCAGGAAGAAGGGGAAGGAGACCAUCUGCAAGUGCGUGCCAUGCGCGGGCAUCGGAAUGAUGACAGAUUUAUCGAUGUCACAGGAGUACAUUACAGCAAACUUUAUAGAUUUAUUGAUUAUCAAGACAAUUUGAUCAUGACAAAGCAUGUUAUGCUUAAUUUCUGCGCCAUGGACAGGAUAGUCCUUCAUCUCUGAUACCCACGGAUGUAUGAACAAUACAUUUGAAACUGAAUUAAGCAUGUCAAUUACAAGCAGGAUGACAGUAUGGGCCUGUUUGGCACAGCUCUAGAUCCGAGAUCCAUGCUGGAUCUGGAGUUUGUAUAAUAAAAUAAAGUGGUUUAAACAUUUAUUUUUUCUUGGAUUUCUUAACCAAAUGACUUAACCAAAUAUGCUCAAUCCAUCCACAGUUCCAAAUCCUGGAUUUCUUGGAGCUGAGCUCCAAAAAAUCCAAGAUCUGGAUCCCUGCCAAACACCCCCUAUGUGUUAAUUUUCUAAAGACGGUAAGUGGGCAGCAGAUUUCGGGUGUACUGUAUAAACUACAAACAAUUUUACAGUUAUAUAGCUCAAGACAUGUUGCACAGGAACAAUGGCAGAACUCUCCUGUUAACUCAGACCAGCUAGAUCGCUAGAUUAUUUGAUCUAAUCAUGUCAUGUAUAACUUUCACUGUUUUGCAUGUUCCAGUUGAUUUUUAGCGAUAAUAGCUGAAAAGGUCAAUAUCCUAUGCAAAUAGGUGUUUAGGUGCAACCUAGUGAAAAUAAACCAUAAACCCUUCAAUUUCGGAGCAAUGGAUAACAUUGAACGAAUACUGCCCUAUUCACAGAAAAUUUGCCCUUGCCUUCCCCAUGGGGACUAUUCCAAAUCCUUGUCUCAUGACUCCAUCCCCAAGUUCAUGUCAUCGCUAUGGAUUCAAGAUAAUCAUAUCCGUGGGAUGUGCUUGUCUAUUUGAACCGCCCUGACGGUACACUACAUCCAUGCUUGAUUCCCACCACUGAACCACAAGAUCUACGUCCAAAGCGGCGUUAGUGGCUGUAGCCUCUUUCACCGUGGCGCUGAAUCCUAAUUGACCUUUUGGUCAUGUCCUACUCCUAUGUCCUCAGCAGACUAGGCGCUCUCAAUUCAUUAUCCAUUACUCCUAAACCUUACUAGAAAUAAUUUGCAAGUUACUAGAUUCAAAUAUCAGUAUUUGACCCAU